UGCCGAUCCCCGCCCCCGCGCUCUUCCCCAGCCCCAUCCAACCCUCACCAUCUUCUCAUUAAUUUUUUAAAGAAUAUUCCGAACGAAACGAAAUCGCCGUUCUUUUGAUACGAGAUACCAUCUCAAGAGGAGGGAAGCCUCCUUCCCUCGUUCCUUCCUCCCUCUCUUUAUAUAUAACUCCAUAGCUGAGUAUGUCUCAGCUUCGAUUCCAUCACCUCCUCCUCCUUCGCAACUCUCGCCGCCCUCCGUCCUUUCCCUUCUCCUCCUCCACCAAAACAACCCCACUUCUUUCCCUAUUUGGCUCGACGCCGCGAUCGGGAACAAUGGCGGCCUACAGCACCGUCGCAGAGGCUCCGAGGCUCCUCCUCCGCCAGCUCUUCGAGAAGGAGUCCUCCACCUACACCUACCUUCUCGCCGAUGUCGGCCACCCCGACAAACCCGCCAUGUUAGUUGAUCCGGUGGACAAAACUGUGGACCGAGAUCUUACUCUUGUCAAAGAAUUGGGCUUGAAGCUCAUAUAUGCCCUGAAUACUCAUGUCCAUGCUGAUCAUGUCACUGGAACAGGCCUGAUAAAGGGUAAGAUGCCGGGUGUGAAGUCUGUGAUUUCCAAAUCUAGCAAUGCAAAAGCAGAUCUUUUGGUGGAACAUGGUGAUAACAUAUAUUUUGGCAAUCUUUUCCUGGAGGUCCGUGCUACACCAGGUCAUACGAUGGGCUGUGUUACUUAUGUGACAGGAGAUGGAUCUGAUCAGCCUCAUCCAAGAAUGGCUUUUACUGGUGAUGCCUUGCUGAUACGUGGCUGUGGGAGGACAGAUUUUCAGGGAGGGAGUUCACAUCAGCUCUACCAAUCAGUGCAUUCACAGAUAUUUAGUUUGCCAAAGGAUACUCUGUUAUAUCCUGCUCACGACUAUAAAGGGUUCACUGUUACUACAGUUGGAGAGGAGAUGCUUUACAAUCCUCGGCUAACGAAGGAUGAGGAAACAUUCCAGAGUAUCAUGGAAAAUCUGAACUUGUCUUACCCAAAGAUGAUGGCUGUAGCAGUACCAGCAAAUUUGGCUUGUGGUCUGCAAGAUCUAAACGCAAAGGUCUAGCAUCCUUCAGAAAACUUAGCAGGUGUUGCUUCUCCAGUACUGUAUGAUAGACGAGGGAAGUGAUUGUACGUACUUGAAUAAUUUCGGCGCUUUGUUUGGGUGUGGAUCAUUGCUAAUAGGAUGCUAUCCUAUCUGCAUUACCUUUCCUUUAUUUGAGAAUAAAUGUUGCAACUCCUCGUUGCUACAGUAAACAGUACUCUAAUGUCAGUCGGUCUUCUCUUAUCUUCAUGCUGGAUGUAAGCUCUGAAUUUUUCUAUAGAAAUAAUGGAUAAGUAUGUAGCAGAACAAUGAGAUUUUGUUCUUUCA